AUGUGUAAGUGUACUUUGCCGGAUACACAAAACCCUCAGCUCAUCAAAGAGCUAGCUAGGAUCGACAGCUUGAAAGACAAGCAACAGUUCUCUAAGAGAAUUCUGGCUUUACAUGACGUUUAUGAUACUGUAAGAGGAAAAUUCUUGAGAAGUUUAGAUAACAGCGGAAUGUUGAGCUCGCUAAGAAUGUAUACGGGCAAGCCACUGAGUAGCGAUGUACCGGUUCGGGAAUUUGCCAGGCAUUUUAAACCAGAUAUUAAAAAUAAACGAAUAUUCAAACUGUGCAAUCCACCGGAUGACAUCAAGAUUGGAUCUGAAGGAAAAAUCGAUGGAAACUUGACAUUGGAAGGAGUAAUUAUAUUUAUACGACACGGAGAUCGCGGACCAUUAUCCCACAUACGUAAUAUCAGUACGGUUAAUUGUGCGGGUGACUUUAGUUCAAACCCAAAACUUGAGAGUGUUUACCAAAAUUACCAAAAUUUCAUAUUAAACUCAACGGCGUAUACACAAUCAGCUUGGUCGCAGUUCCUGGGCCCGUUCCACGGGUUCCCUAUGCUGCCUAACAAUGUAAAGGAGUGCAAAAUAGGCGAGCUGACGACUCUGGGCAUCGGCCAGUUGCUCAAGACGGGGCUGAUACUGAAAAAUGCAUAUUACAAUAAACUAAAUCUUGGUAACAGCACAGUGUUGUCUAAAGAUGUUGUUGUAUAUAGCACGAGAUACCGUAGAACUGUACAAAGUGCCAUAGCUCUUCUUUAUUCUUUUUUGCUAGAGAACGAAGUCUUCCAAAAUUUCGGAAAAAUUUCUAUGCGCGAAAGCUCCAGUCUCACUUUUUGUAAUACUGACUGUGCUUGUCCGGCUGCGGAAAAAUUUGCUAAACAAUACAAUAAGGAAACAAGCGAUCGAUUAAAAUCACAUCCAGCGGUAAUAGAAUUAAUAAAACAAUCAUCAAAUGUAGUAUUCGAAAUGCCGGAUCAAGCGCAAACAAAGCAUCCAGAUACCCUUAAAGAUGCAUUGUUAACAUACAUUUGCCACGGAUCAUCGCUUCCAUGUGUAAACUACGAAAGUCAGCGUAUUUGUGUUAAAACAGACCACGUUACCGGGCUGUUUGCUUACAUUGAAUGGGAGUCGAGGCUCAAUAUCAAGAGCUCAAAUCGCCGCAAGUACGGACUCUUGAGAGCUUACGGGUUGUUGCGAAACGUUGUCUCCCACAUGGUACAAAUGAUAUCCGAAUCAAAGCCAAAAAUAGUCCUGUUUUCCGGUCACGAUAAAACGCUCGAGUACUUGGCGAGCGCUCUUGGGAUUGUUGUUGAUCACGCCAUUUCGCCGCACUACGCUUCCCGAUUUAUUAUUGAAAUUUGUCGCGCUAAUUCCAAAAACGAGAACCACGUUGCCAAUGAUUUUUAUUUUCGCGUUAUUGUUAAUGGAAAAGACGUUACUCAGACUAUUGCUUUUUGUAAAAAUUCUAAUUAUUACAGUGGUAAUUAUGGUGAUAAAAACGACGACGGCGAAUUUUUAAAAAGAGAAUACAAACUUUGUCCUAUUGAAGCGAUCAUACGACAAUUGCAUGACGACUAUUUUCUACCUUUUAAUGCUACUAAUUUCAAAGACGCUUGUUUUAAUCAUUGA